CUGGGAGGCAGGCAGGGCUCAGGCCUACAAGUGAGGAUUUUGAGCCUGAUCCAGAGUUUGCAGGGUCUGAGGAAACCCAAUAGCUCAGGCUGCCCUUCAGCUGCUCCAGCCCCUGUACUGGCUCUUCCCAAGAGGUCCCCACACCUCUAUUCUCUUCCUCCUGAACAUCCUGGACUAGAUUCCAGUUUUCUAAGGCUUCUGAGCAGGUUGCCCCAUUGUUCACCAACAUGGAAGAGGCAGUUGGAUCCCCUGAGGAUAAAGAAUUUACAUGCUUCUCUGAUGCUAUAGCCAUCCACAAAGAGAGAGAUGAUUUACCUAUAGAAACUGUCAAGAAUAUCGAGACUGCUGUGGAAGCAGGGAAUUGGGUAGAACUUGUCUCUAUCGUCAAGGAGAUCAAACAAGAAGCAUCGAGAACCACAGUGAAAAUUGCUGUAACUGGGGACUCCGGCAAUGGCAUGUCAUCCUUCAUCAAUGCUCUUAGGGAGAUUGGACAUGAGGAGGAGGAUUCAGCUCCCACUGGGGUAGUGAGGACCACACAGAAACCGGUCCUAUACUCCUCCUCCAAAUUUCCCAAUGUGGAACUUUGGGACCUGCCUGGCACAGGGGUCACAUCCCAGAGCAUGGAGAACUACCUGAAGGAAAUGAACUUCAGAAAAUGUGACCUGAUCAUCAUCAUCGCUUCUGAGAAGUUCAGUUCGAAUCAUGUGAAGCUGGCCAAAGCCUUGCAGAGCAUGAGAAGGAGGUUCUAUGUUGUCUGGACAAAGCUGGACAGGGACCUCAGCACAAGUGCCCUCCCAGAACCCCAGCUUCGGCAGAACAUCCUAAAGAACAUCCAAGAAAAUCUCCAGAAGGAGGGGAUGGAGGAGACACCCAUAUUCCUAGUAUCCAACUUUAGUCCUUCUUUUCAUGACUUCCCGAACCUUAGAGACAAACUGACAAAAGACCUCCCUGUAAUCAAGUAUGAUACUGUCUUUGGAACCCUUUUUCAAAUCUGUGAGGAGAUUAUUGAUAAGAAAAUGAAAACCAUUAAAAAGUACAUAAAGGAGGAUAAUUUACAGGGAGGUUUAGGAAUCCCGGAUCCAAAUAAUCUGGCAGAGUGUCAUAAAGGCUUCCAGGAAAAAUUUCAUGUGGAUGACACAUCUCUCCGCCAGGUGGCUAGGACGAUGAGUCACCCAGAUACUUAUUUCACAGAUGCCAUGCAGUCCCAGGUUACACAGACGCACCAACUAGAUGGCUCGACACCGUCUCUGCUGCACCAGUUACGCGAGCAAGCUAUUAAGUUUGCCUAUCGCUGUUUUCGCUCAAAACACGCGCAACAGAAACAUGUACUUAAUGAAGCUGCUGAGAAAACCAAGAAAAUUCUGAAUAUAAUCUUGAAGGAUACUCUCCAUCCUUAGGAAGGGCUAGCUAACCGAGAUUCCCUCCCCAGCUUUCUACCCGACAUCUACCCCCAGUUGAACUUAAUUGCUGUAUGGGUUUCAAGUUCCUUGAGAUUAAUCGGCCGACUCUCUUGACGUGCGUUGCCCACAGAAAACAGUGCUAUGGGUUUUGAUUUUUUACCAUUUGUUUACUUUUAUUUUAACUGAACUUUCUGGGAUCCCAAUAUAGGAGACAUUUCCUUUUUCAAAUUGCACAGAAUUUCACGUUUGACACAUGGUCACCUUGGCAUCUAUGACUGAUAUAGUUUCUCUUAGAGGCCUCUUAAUUUUUGCUUCU